GCGCGGUGCAUCCACUGCCGUGAGGCGUUUGCAUGGACCUGCUAGCAACCAGUGUGCCAGUGAACCACCACCACCCAAAGAAGGUCCUCGUCUCCCGGCCGGCCGCCUUCCUGCCCCGGCCGCUGUCGUCUCUCGCAAUCGCCGAGCCCCUGGCCCAGUCCUGAUGCUCCCAAUACCAGGGCCGGUUGCGAAGAACAACCGGGCGGUUCGUUGACGUGACUGGCAAUCCCUCCGACUCUUGCUGCAAGCCCGUCGUUCGCUGGUCCACCCUUGGCAGUCCUUGCCGCUCUCCGACGGCUCCUUUCAUCCCAGUCCCGACCGAGUAACCGACGACGAGGAAUCCCAAGACGGAAACACCGAAGCCUGUCCAACCCACCCUCGAAACCCGCCUCGACACGAGCCCAUCCGACCCUCUCCUCGCCCUUACGCCGCCUGGUCUCACAGCCAUGAAUGGGGACCUCAGUCUCUCGCAGGCCCUGGGCGGUCUGAGGAUCGCCAAUCCAGACGAUGCUGUAGCCCCGAGUCCCCCGCUCAGCGGCCCCGCCGUCGACAGCAACACCGACUACGAAAGGAGAGCCCAGGCACAGCAACACCCUAGCCCACAACCUGGACUGACGGGCUUGCUCCCCGAGCCGAUGUUGAGCUCAUCCCACGCCGCGGGCGCACCCGACAACUCGCUUCUAUCUCCUGUCCAGUCUUCGCAGAGCGCUCAGAUGCCACACCAGUACGACAUGGCUUCGCCCGGGACGCGGUCCCGCCCUACGUCGGCCGUCUACUCCUCCGCACCAGCCCCCGAGUCGGAAGCCGUCUCGCCAGGCCGAGAGCGCAGGCCAGACCAGGCGAGGUCGCCGAUGUACGGCGGCGGCGGCGGCGGCGUCCCGCAGCGGAGCUCCUCCAAUGCCGGAGGGUACAGAGGAAACGUGCCAACACGCCAGGCGAGUUAUCGCGAGGCAUCGUACAAUACCGGCGGGUCGUCCCAUCAGCAAAUGCCGCAACCCGCAGGGGGUGGAGCCAACCCGCCAACAAGAAGUUCAUCUAGAGGAAUGGGCGGUGGGUACGGCUCGGUGCCGAUACCGGGCAUACCGAACGCGGCCCCCUCGAGCCAGCCUGAAGUUCCGCUGCCGGCAAGCAGUGAAGAAUGGCAGGAACGCGGGGCCGCGGUCGGUGUCAGGAGAGAGGUGGACGCAAAUGGGAGGACGGUCAUGCGGUCCGUAAAAAAGGGCGUCAGGGACUUCUCGUUUGGCAGGGUCCUCGGAGAGGGCUCGUACAGCACCGUGUACCAGGCCACGGACCGGCAGAAUCUGAAGGAGUACGCGGUAAAGGUUCUCGAGAAGAAGCACAUCAUCAAGGAGAAGAAGAUCAAGUAUGUCAACAUUGAGAAGAACACGCUCAACAGGUUGACGGAGCACCCGGGCAUAGUCCGGCUGUACUACACGUUCCAGGACGAGACCUCGCUGUACUACGUCCUGGACCUGUGCGCCGGCGGCGAGCUGUUGGGCGUGCUGAAACGGACCGGUACCUUUGACCUUGAGUGCACUCGCUUCUAUGGCGCACAGAUCCUCGAUGCCAUGGAUUACAUGCACGCGAGGGGAGUCAUCCACCGGGACCUCAAGCCCGAGAACGUGCUGCUAGACGACCGCAUGCACGUCAAAAUCACCGACUUUGGAACAGCCAAGCUCAUGCCAGACCCCCGAACCGCGACCACGCAGCAGAUGUUUGAGAGAGACGCGCCAGAGGACAGCAGGGCAGCGUCCUUUGUCGGCACGGCCGAGUACGUCAGCCCCGAGCUCCUGACCGACAAGAGCGCAAGCAAAGCAAGCGACGUGUGGGCGUUUGGCUGCAUAGUAUACCAGCUGCUGGCCGGCCGGCCACCAUUCAAGGGCGGAAGCGAGUACCUCACGUUCCAGAAGAUUGUCGGGCUGGAGUACGAGUUCCCCUCUGGCUUCCCGCCCGCGGCCCGCGAUCUUGUCGAGCGGUGUCUUGUGCUGGACCCGGCACGCAGGUUGACUGUUGAGCACAUCCGGAACCAUGAGUUUUUUGAUGGUCAGGCGAUUAGCAAGGAGCUGUGGCGAUCCCGGGCGCCCCGGCUGAAGCCCUACGUGCCACCAGCGCAGGAGCCCCAUAUCAUACAACUAAACGGGGGGUCGUCGUCUGCGCAGCAGCAGGUGAUGGCGCCUACCCGCAGCGGUGCACAGCUGCAACAGCAGCACAGCAACGGCGGGUCAAAGUCUCAACAACAGUCGCAGCAGCAGCGCCAGGAGCCGCGGCGGAUAAUAACGGAGUUGCCGCCGCCGACGCAGCUCGACCUAGACUGGUCACCGGUGCUCACACGAAACAACGAGCGGAUUCUGAAGCUAGGAGACCUUAUGGUGAUCUCUUCGCCGAUAUCCAACAGCCCCCACGGCAAGGGGGAACAUGGCGACGGGCACAAGAAGCUUUCCCGCUUCUUCGGCGGAAGCACGACCAAGAAGCGACAACGUCUCGUCAUGGUCACGUCGAGCGGGCGAAUCGUUCUGGCGCCCGCGGGCGGCGAAGAGAAGAAGACGAAGCAAGAAAUCCCGCUGCUUGCGGCAGAUUGCACAUGGAGGACACAAAUGGACGUCAAGGGGCAGCCCGUCUGGUGUGUUGAUACGGGCGGCGUCCAUUACGUAUUCGAAGAACCCAAAGGCUCUCAAAAUGCGGGCGACAUGGGUAAGAUAUCGGUAGACGACUGGGUCGAGUCGUUGGAAACGGCCAAGGAUUUUGCACUCUCCCAAAAGCUCCUGGGAACGCACGACAGGGACAACGGCGCUUUUGGUGGGGACAUGUCCUCGUCAAUGUCCAGCCCGGCGAGCACGCUCGGCGGUCGAGCAAACUACCCCGAGUACGGCGAGGGCUUUUCGGUGAGCGAUAGAUCUGGGCGUAACCAGAUGAUGAACAAGAGCCAGGGAAGCCUAGAGGACCCGAUCCCGGAAAAGAAGCGGAACCGGUUCAGCAAGCGACAGUCGAAGAACGGGCUGGGUGCUGCCUUCUAACGGGUGCAGAGGCAUGCCAUCGAAAGACGCGAGGUUGCAAGAUGAAAGUGUCGAAGUGAUGGAUGGAAGAUGGCAGCAUGAUGUACGGGGCAGUAUAAAACCAGGCCAGGGCCAAAGCAAGAUUCUUUUGUCUUCUUCUCUUCUGCUUCAUUCUUUUGUUGUUUGGGAGGCAUUCGCGAGGGUCUCUUUUUAGUUGCUUUUCCUUUCUCACCCACCUUUUGGAGGCAAGCAUCUCGCUCCCUAGAGCCUCCGCUCAUUUCUUCUUUUUCUUUCCCAUUCCGUGAGGGAAGUUGACUGCUUGAAAGACACGGCACGCUUCUAUUCUAUUUCUUCUCGAUCCCUUCGAUAUCACUCCCUUGUAAUCUGCAUUUCAUAGCGAGGCGUCAGUCCACUCUUCCUGCACCUUUUUCUUCAAAGGUUGAAAUUUGGCGGCCAUUUUUGCGUCCUGGACAAAAAGAGCAAAGACAAACAGCAUCUGGCUGGACUUCCUUGGACUACCUUUUCGUUUACCCUGAGUGUCGCGGGACGCUCUCAGUAUUAUUCAAAGCGUUGAUGUGUGCCACUAUCUGUGCUGGUUUCUGUUGCCGUCGGCGCCUGCAACCCAUCAAAUCGAAGCCACAGUUGAGAUUUCCAAUGCCAUGAUUGGCUGCAAUGGUUUGCAU